AUGGCCGGUCCAACACCAUUUGGUGCUCCCAUGAAGGAGCUCUUCCUGAUCGAUGAGGACUUUCGGAAUCUCAACCACGGUACGGUACCCUAUUCCAUUAUACCGCGGUAUACUAAGAGAUAUUUAAAAAAAAAACAAAAAGGCUCCUUCGGCACCUACCCCAAAGCCAUCCAAAAGGUCUUCCGCGAUUAUCAACACGCCUCUGAAGCCCGCCCCGACGUCUUCCGGCGCUACACCCAACCCAAAGCCAUCGUCGCAGCCCGCACCGCCAUCGCAUCUCUCCUGCACGUCCCCCCCGAAGAAUGCGUCCUGGUCAAGAACGCCAGCACGGGCAUCAACACCGUCCUCCGCAACCUCCUCCCCUUCACCCCCCGCGACGUGAUCAUCUACUUCGAUACCGUCUACGGAGCGGUCGAGCGCUCCCUCGUGGCGCUCUGCGAGUCCACCGCGCUCCAGCAUCUCCGCAAAGUCGAGUACACGUUCCCGCUGGCGCAUGGCGAGAUCGUGCGGCGGUUCCGCGCCCUGGUGCGCCAGCUCCGCGACGAAGAGCACCUGAACCCCAAGCUCGCCGUCUUCGAUACCAUCGUCAGUAUGCCUGGCGUGCGGUUCCCCUUUGAGCAGCUCACCCGCGUGGCCAGGGAAGAGGGCGUGCUGAGCGUGAUUGAUGCCGCGCAUGGCGUGGGCCAGAUUCCGUUGGAUUUGAGUGUGCUGCAGCCGGAUUUUUUUACGACUAAUUGUCAUAAAUGGCUCUAUGUUCCUCGUGGCUGUGCCGUUCUCUACGUUCCCCGGCGUCACCAGCACCUUAUCCGAACCACCCUCCCAACAUCCUGGGGCUUCAUUCCUGCCCCCGAAAGCGCGAAAUGGGCCGCUGGCUUGCUCGCGUCAACGGUCGAAAGCGACCCAGACCAGUCUGCGUUUCUGAGGUUGUUCGAGUUCGUCGCUACGACCGACGACACCGCGUACUGCUGUAUCCCGGAGGCGAUCAAGUUCCGGGAAGAAGUCUGCGGCGGCGAGGAGAAGAUCUACGGGUAUCUGGAGGAAUUGGCGAAGGAGGCAGCGGAUGUGGUUGCCCGGAUUCUAGGGACGGAGGUUUUGAAAGAGGAGGAGGAGGAGGAAGGGGAGGAAGGGAGUCGUUUGAUGGCUUGUGCCAUGUCGAAUGUUCGAUUACCUGUGAGGAUUGGUUCGGGCCAAUUCGUGGCGGAAUCUGGAUCCGGAAUCAAAGUAAGGAAAGAUGCUCGUGGAGAGGUGACGGUUAGCUGUGAGGACGUGGGCCGCUUGUCAGGCUGGAUCCAGGACCAGCUUGUCGAGAGAGGUACCUUUGUGCCUGUUUUCGCCCACGGCGGUGCCCUCUGGACCAGAUUGAGCGCGCAGGUGUAUCUGGACAUAAGCGAUUUCGAGUGGCUAGGUGGAGUGCUGAAGGAGAUUUGCAGCGAGAUUUGA